UGAAGGUUGCGGGGUCCCCGGGCGGGGUGUGAGCCGGGAAGCGAUGGACCUGCACACGGCCGUGUACAACGCGGCCCGCGACGGUAAACUGCAGCUGCUGCAGAAGCUGCUGUGCGGCCGGAGCCGUGAGGAGCUGGACGAGGUGCUGGGCGAGGCGGCGUGCGGGGGGACGCCGCUGCUGAUCGCGGCGCGCUAUGGGCACCUGGAGGUGGUGGAGUACCUGGUGGACCGGUGCGGGGCGAGCGUGGAGGCCGGGGGUUCGGUGCAUUUCGACGGGGAGACGAUCGAGGGCGCGCCGCCGCUGUGGGCCGCGUCGGCCGCCGGGCACCUGUCGGUGGUGCGCAGCCUGCUGCGGCGCGGGGCGUCGGUGAACCGCACGACGCGCACCAACUCCACGCCGCUGCGCGCCGCCUGCUUCGACGGCCACCUGGACGUGGUGCGGUACCUGGUGGGCGAGCACCAGGCCGACCUGGAGGUGGCCAACCGGCACGGCCACACGUGCCUCAUGAUCUCCUGUUACAAGGGACACCGCGAGAUCGCCCGCUACCUGCUGGAGCGAGGCGCGCGGGUGAACCGGCGCAGCGCCAAGGGCAACACGGCCCUGCACGAUUGCGCCGAAUCCGGCAGCCUGGAGAUCCUGCAGCUGCUGCUGGGCUGCAGGGCGCGCAUGGAACGCGAUGGUUACGGCAUGACCCCGCUGCUGGCGGCCAGCGUGACGGGCCACGCGCACAUCGUGGAGUACCUCAUCCAGGAGCAGCCACCGCAGCCGCACCUGCUGGGCGCGCCCUGCCAGGACGGGGAGGAGGAGGAGGAGGAGGAGGGGAUGGACGGGGAGGACGCAGCUGCCCGCGGCGAGAGCUGCUGCCCCACCAGCCUCGAGGCGGCCGUGGAGGCCUUGGAGCUGCUGGGAGCCACCUACGUGGACAAGAAAAGGGACCUGCUGGGCGCGCUCAAGCACUGGAGACGCGCCAUGGAGCUGCGGCUGCAGGGUGGCGCCCGGCUGGCCAAGCCCGAGCCCCCGCAGCCCGUGCCGGCUUACGGAUACUCGCGCGAGGCGCGCACCCCCGACGAGCUGGAAGCGCUCGUGGCCGAUCCUGACGAGAUGCGCACGCAGGCGCUGCUGAUCCGAGAGCGCAUCCUAGGCCCCUCGCACCCGGACACGUCCUAUUAUAUCCGCUACCGGGGCGCCGUGUACGCCGACUCGGGCAACUUCGAACGUUGCAUCCGCCUCUGGAAGUACGCGCUGGACAUGCAGCAGAGCCACCUGGAACCCUUGAGCCCCAUGACCGCCAGCAGCUUUCUGUCCUUCGCUGAACUCUUUUCCUACGUGCUGCAGGAUCGGGCGGCGGCGGCGGCAGGGACGCGGGGCAGCCUGGGCACGCACAUCGGUUUCCCGGACCUCAUGGGAGUCCUCAACAAAGGCGUGCGGGAGGUGGAGCGGGCCCUGCAGCUGCCCCAGGCGCCGGGGGACUCGGCCCAGUUCGCCAAAGCCCUCGUCAUCAUCCUGCAUUUGCUGUACCUGCUGGAGCAGGUGCAGGGCACGCCCAGCCAGGAACACCUCAAGCGCCAGACCGUAUACCGCCUGCUCAAAUGCUCCCCGAGGGGCCGCAACGGCUUCACGCCUUUGCACAUGGCCGCCGACAAGGACACGACCCACGUGGGCCGUUACCCGGUGGGCCGCUUCCCGUCGCUGCCCGUGGUGCGCAUCCUGCUGGAGUGCGGGGCCGACCCGGACAGCCGAGACUUCGACAACAACACCCCGCUGCACAUCGCGGCGCGCAACAACUGCCCUGCCGUCAUGAACGCCCUGCUCGAAGCCGGCGCCCACAUGGACGCCACCAACGCCUUCAAGAAAUCGGCCUACGAGCUGCUGGACGAAUCGCUCCUGGCCAAGAGCUCCGUGCAACCCUUCCGCCAUGUGACCCUGCAGUGCCUGGCGGCUCGAGCCCUCGACCGCAACAAGGUCCCCUACAAGGGCUUCCUGCCCGAGGAACUGGAGGCCUUCAUCGAAUUGCACUGACCCGCCGCCCGUCGCGGUCCGGGGCCUUGGCCACCCUGCUCGGGCGGCGGGAUGGGUGAGGGCAGCCCCCCUCGCAUCGCCUCGCAUCGCUUUUCCAAAGGAGGAGAUGGCCUGGUGUUGCCGGUGGGUCGGCCCCGGCCAUGGCCACGGCUAACACGGGCCGCUGCUGCUCCUGCUGCUGUUUGUUUUUUAUUAUUAUUAGGUUGGUUUGCUCGUUGCAAAGGACUAGAAGGUUCACCAGCGGCCACUCUGGGGACAAGGGGCGCGGCGGUGGCAGCGCGAGGCAGGCCGCCCGUGCCCUCAGCCCUGCAGCCCUGAGCCCUCCACCAACACCGCGCUGCCUUCCAGCCCUGCGGGCGACCUGGGGCGCCCCCGAUGUUUUGUUGUUGUUGUUGUUGUUGUUGUUGUUUAAUUGUCUCCAAGUCAUCCUGGCCCUACACCCCAAGCACUGGGGACCCACCUUCAACCAGAGCUCAGGAAGUUUCCCUCCCUUCCCAACCCCUGUGACCCUGAACCUGGACAGUCCGUGGCCCGCGGAGCCCAGCGUGUGCGUGUGCGUGCGUGCGCGUGCGGACUUGCGGAAGGCAGCCGCGUGUGCGCUUGCAGUGUUACUUUCAUUGAUUUAUUUAUUGAUGCUGAAGACAGGAAAUGCACUUUACAGGCCCCUCCCGCCCGCCGACACCUGAGUCAUUAAAAAAAAAAAAAUGGGAUUGGAGGGGAGUGUCUGUGUGUGGCCUGCCUGGUCCGUGGUGUGGGAGCGUGGGUGGAGUGGGAAGUGUGUGGGAGGAAGUCAGGGGGUCACACCCACCGCGUCCAUACCGCCCACGUGGCCUGCUUGAACCCCACAGCCAUCUGCCUGGAGCGGCCCCAGGCUCCUUCCCAAGCCGUGCACCCCUCGGACAGCAGCCAUUCCCCGGGACCCAGCAGCUGGACACUGCCCCCGGCCCAACAUCAGAACUCUGCAAUUCCAGGCACCCCUUGGGCACCGGGUUCAAGUCUUCCCCACGCCGCCUUGCCUCCAGCCUUCUGCCCAUGCACCUGGGGGGUUCGCAGCACGUGGGAGGUCUGCCUGCUUGGGUUUUGGGAGAACGAGGCCUGGUCACCCAGUCCCCUUCAUGUCCGGGCUGAGCCGGAGACGCCUGUCACCCUGGAGGGGGGUGCACCCUCUGCUUCUCGG